UCCGUAAGAGGGCGUCUGUGUUGUGAAACUUUUGAAUCUACGCGCGCGACAUAAAUUCAACUUGCUUCCGCAGUCAUUUCGUGCUCGACGUUCCACGAUUUUAAGAAAAUAUUCGCGAUUUUCACGUGCAGGGGCAAUGUCGAACGAGACCAUCCAGCAAAUCGUCGAGGGAUAUGAAGGACGGCGACAUGAGUACCGCGAGGCUCGCAAGAAAUGCAAAUCGGAGCGGUUGAUUUUACAUCAUUUGAGUUUCAAUUGCAUACGCACUUAUGCAUUACGGUUGUUGCCCCAUAAUCGCGAUGUGAUUCUUUGCUUUGAACAUUUCAAAUAUGAUGCUAUAUGCAAUGUAGACGAGGUUAAAAAGCAGCGCGGACAAAAUGCAAAACCGCCGGAUCAUCUCAUCAUCCUGCAAUUGAAAUUCCUACAGAUGAAUACCUUCCUCAAUUUGGGCACAUUAGGGUACAUGGAUUUCACGGAUCGAUCUAUUGUUGCCGAGUGUAUUAAAGAAUACAUCGAAGAUUGUUUCCGGGCUGAUGUAAGGGUUAUUGCCAGUUGUUCUUCAGGACAACUUGAAAUGAUGACUAUUCUUGCAGAAUUACCAAUUAAAAAUUACAAAAAUGGUGAUCUACUUUCAUAUUCAGUAAGAGGUCGCGGACGUGUUAUGCACAUUUUGAUUCUCCUUGGAUGCUGAGAACGCUGAAAGCAAUGUUUUACACCCACGACGUUAUGUUUAAUCAUUCGGGUAAACCUUAUAUAGCCUCCUAUGACAAUGUCUCCGCACUGUUGAGUCUGCCGCGCUUGCAAGGGUUGUUAACAUCAGAAGUGUAUGAUAACACUUCGAAGAGCACCCGAUCAGCAGCGCAAACAUUCAGCAAAACAGUUUCAUACCUUCUGGAAGGCUUUUAUGAUCCUUAUGACAAAACUGAUCCGAAAUAUCCCGAAGCAAAAGGCACGAAAGUAUUUGUCCAAAUCAUGGAUCAACUUUUCGACUCUUUCAAUUCAACAUCGGCUCCACAAACAAAACCAAAACCUUUUCGACAACCUUUAAGUCUUCAUUCGGAUCACUGGACAUUAUGGGAUGAUUUUACUCCAAUUCUUGAUUCUAUGCGAUUCGCUCUUCGAUCUGUAUCAUUACUACCAGAUCCUCUUGAUAAAACUGAAGGAGAAUCUGAGGAAAUUCUAGGAGUAGCGCCGGAAACAGUAGAUGUUCUACAGGAACCUGUAAAUGGCAACGAUGAAGAUCCGCAGUUUAUCAUCAAAGCGCCUGAGGGUGCAGAUCGUUGUAAAGUGUAUUUAGCUUCAACUGAAGAUACAGUUGAGUGUGUAUCUGAUGAUGAAUACAAACCAUGUGAAGGCGAUAACAAUAGAAUGGUGCAUAUGCUGCAGAAACUCUUGAUUGACGUCAAAACAGGUAAACCUGCAUCGAGCAAUGGGAAAGACGUUGAUCAGAAGAGUCGUUAUCGUCAGGAGACUUUAACGAAAGAGUUGGAAAACCUCGUGCAUUGCAUGAAGUUGAUUAAAGGUGUUUCGAUUUAUGCGAAGACUAUAAGCAACAUCGAAACACUUCUUAUUGCCAUAGCAGAAAACAAUGCAGAGUUGCGUGAAUCGCGUGCGUCAAACAUUACUUAUGAAUAUGUUUCAUGGAAAUUUAGUAGGCAUUUGAAGAAACUUAGCUUUUUAUAUGAAGAUACCUAUGAUUAUUACAAUUUGUUUCAAACGGAGUUGGGGAAAAUAUUGGAUGUGAUGCGCUUUCUGAAUAUGUCUCUCUUUCAAUGCUGGAUGGCAUCGAUUGCGGGCAUGCGGUUAAUUUUUGCCGAACUUAACAAACGUCACUGUGAUGCGUUUAAUACGCGCAUGGUGAAUUGCGAUUUGAUUCAUACUUAUGUUGAGAUUCUGCGCGAUUAUAAUGGGUUAUUUCCGCGGAAGAUUGUUGAUAGGAAGGUGUACGGGGAGUUUUAUGAUUACGAUGUUUGUAUUCUGGCGUUGUCGGAGGAUUUUAAUGAGACGAUUUUGACGACUAUUAUGGAUGGUGCGCCAAUGCCAGAGGUACAGACGGCUACACGUAAUAAGAAAUCUAAAGGUGGUAAAAUCAAUCAAAAAUCAAGUUUGAAAGGAAACUAAACUCAAAGAAUAUUUCCAAGUGCCUUAUAGUAUAAGUUUGACCAGUUUUUUGAUCUAUUAAGAGUAUUAAUUUUAUUUUUCGUUGUUUUUGUUUAAAUGUGAAUGUUUAGUUUAUUUUUCGCGUUUUUUAGUUUAAGUUGUUUGCAAAUGAAAAAAAGUGCCAUGCACAGAUAUUUUUAUACAAAGAAACUUGUAAAAGCAUGUAAUACUAUAAUUAUCAGCAUUUUAAAAGGUU